GCUGCAUCUGAAGUCUGAAAUAGCAUUGUGUAUCCUGCCUCUCAGUAUCCAAGCAACAUAUUGGAAUAACCUAGAAAAUAGCUACAAAGUUUUUUUGGUCAUAAAAUACCAUGGAUACAGGAAGCAGUUUGCAUGAAAAUCGGAAGAUCUGAAGAAACGUACAUAUCUUGUCAUAAAUGCCACUGUGGAUCUUUUUCCUAUUAACAUACUGGAUUGCAUUUCAUAAUUGAUAAUAUCAAACUUGGCAGCUUCUGGGAGAAAGCCAAUCAUAUGUUUUUCAUCACUAAGUAAAUGGUGGGAAUAAUGAAUUUCACGCAUCACCAUGAGCCACAUCACCUGCACUAUCGUAACCACAGUCGCACCGUUGGCGCUGGAGCAAAUGACACUAAAGAGAAAGGCCAUCACUCCGGAGGCUGUUACGAACAAUUAUUUGUGUCCCCUGAAGUGUUUGUCAUCCUGGGUAUUGUAAGCUUGAUGGAAAAUAUACUGGUUAUAGCAGCAAUAUCGAGAAACAAGAAUCUGCAUUCCCCCAUGUACUUCUUUAUCUGUAGCUUGGCAGUAGCUGAUAUGCUUGUGAGUGUGUCUAAUGGCUUUGAAACUGUAGUAAUCACACUGUUUAACACUACGGACAAAAAUACGCAGCAUAUCAUUGUGAAUGUUGACAAUAUCUUGGAUUCUGUUAUUUGCAGCUCCUUGCUGGCUUCUAUUUGCAGCUUGCUCUCGAUAGCAGUGGACAGGUACUUCACUAUAUUUUAUGCCCUGCAGUACCAUAAUAUAAUUACUGUGAGGAGAGCAGUGGUCAUUAUCAGCUGCAUCUGGACUGCUUGCUCCAUUUCUGGUGUCUUAUUUAUUAUUUAUUAUGACAGUGCUGUUGUAAUUAUUUGUCUGAUAAGUAUAAUUUUCACAAUGCUUGCUCUGAUGGCAUCCCUCUAUGUGCAUAUGUUCAUGCUGGCCAGGCUUCACAUUAAGAGGAUUGCUGUUCUACCUGGGACAAACUCAGUACGACAGGUUACCAAUAUGAAAGGAGCCAUUACACUUACAAUCUUACUUGGAGUUUUUGUAGCUUGUUGGUCUCCCUUCUUCCUUCAUCUCAUUUUCUAUGUUUCUUGCCCUAGAAACCCUUACUGUGUGUGUUUUAUGUCCCACUUUAAUAUUUACCUUAUCCUUAUUAUGUGCAACUCUGUUAUUGAUCCACUUAUUUAUGCACUAAGAAGCCAAGAGCUUAGAAAAACCUUCAAGGAGAUGAUGUGCUGUUACUGUAUGGGAGGAAUAUGGGACUUUUCUAGCAGUUACUGAAAUGCUGAUAACUAAUUGUUUCAAAUGUAAUAAGCAGUAAUGCAUUGUUUAUUUGUAUUUGUUAUCUAUGAGAGCUGUGCUAAGGUCUCAGAAUACUUACUUACAGUAUAAGCAAAGCCAGUUUUAGAAUAUGGAUUGCAACAAGGUUUUCGCAGCAUCAGAGAGAUUCUCUUGGAAGGAAGAAUUCAAAUACAGUUUUUACAUACCUUAAACAUAUACAUUAAGCAUAUUCAGCAUGUUAACUGUUAAUGGCAACUCCCAACAUCCCUCUGGUAGCUAAGUAAAUGUUCAGAGAGCACUCAGUUGAGCACUUUUUAAGUUUAUAUAUUUUUAUUAAAUAUGUAUGAUUUAUGGCCUAGAUCAACCUUCGGGUUGAAUGAAAUAAUCUGUGAGAGAGAACGAAAAUCUUCUCAUCGCAGGUUGUAUGCCCAUGUUAUCACUUGCUGGGCAGGGCUUUAAUUGAACAGAGCAAAUCCUGUGCCAAGCACAAGCGCUCUGUUAUAACUCAAGGCCUCCUACAUAGUUAUACCAGGUUGGUGUGAGAUUGAUCUUUCAGUCAAUGGGCAAAACAUUUUUAAUGAGGGAAAUGUUACUACCAAUAAGAACAUACAUGAUCUAUUAAGGGACAAGCAGCUAAAAUAUUAUACUGUUGGUACUUUCCACUUCUCUUCAACCCACUGUAGCUCCUACCUGCUCUUUUACUUCAUAUGCUUUAUGUGGUUGCGUUGCUGCAUAAAACAGCAUGUGCAUUUUUCCCCAUAUUGUUUCUGCGUCUCUUUGUGAUAGUAAACUGAGUAGACACAUUGAAGUUGGUCUGUCCUUCCUAAAAAUCUGGUGAUAUCUGUCAUUAGCCCAUAUUGGGGAUCACCAGUAGACCAGGUGCCAAAGGUCACUCUCCUCUCAAAAGAAGCAGAAGCAGUUUAGCAUCUACUUAAGCAGCCAGAACUGCCAAUCACAUGGAGAUUAGUUGGUGUGUGAUCAGCCAUACCCCAAAAUGUGUACUGUAUUUAAAUGAUAAAACUGUGUGAUAUUUGCUGGAUAUCCUUGUGACCACCUAGACAACAACUGUAUGAUUGCUCAUAACUUUAUAAUAAAAUUUGGGGUAGGGUUUUGCUUUUUUUCGCUUUGUUCCUGGUCAUGAGGCUACACUACAACAGAAAACAUUAAAUGAGGGGUAAAAGCUGUCUUAAAAAUUGGCUAAUCAUAUUUGUAUAUUUUUUUCCCUCUGUGCUAUGAAAACUUUUAUCAUUAUCCAGGAACUUAUUAUCCAGAAAGUUCUAAAUUAUGGAAAGGUAAUUUCCCAUAGACUCCAUUUUAAUAAAA